CCAGGGGGGAUAAACCCAGUGGGUGGCGAGGAAGUAGGGAGGAGGAGGGAGAGGCAGGAUGUGGGUGAGGGGCUGGGCCGGCGCUGAUCCGCUUCCCCUCCCUCCUCCCCAGUGGUGUGCCCUCUGCCCUGCAUGAAUGGCGGCCAGUGCUCCUCCCGAAACCAGUGCCUGUGUCCCCCGGACUUCACGGGGCGCUUCUGUCAGGUGCCCGCCGGCGGGGCUGGCGGGGGCGCUGGCGGCUCAGGCCCCGGGCUGGGCCGGGCCGGGGCCCUGUCCACCGGCGCGCUGCCACCCCUGGCACCGGAGGGCGACUCUGUGGCCAGCAAGCACGCCAUCUACGCCGUCCAGGUGAUCGCCGACCCGCCCGGGCCCGGGGAGGGGCCCCCUGCCCAGCACGCGGCCUUCCUGGUGCCCCUCGGGCCGGGCCAGAUCUCAGCCGAAGUGCAGGCCCCACCCCCUGUGGUGAACGUGCGCGUGCACCACCCGCCCGAGGCCUCCGUGCAGGUACACCGCAUUGAGGGGCUGAACGCCGAGGGUCCUGCCCCUGCGCAGCACCUGCUACCGCACCCCAAGCCCUCGCACCCACGGCCACCCACCCAGAAGCCCCUGGGACGAUGCUUCCAGGACACGCUGCCCAAGCAGCCCUGCGGCAGCAACCCCCUCCCCGGCCUCACCAAGCAGGAAGACUGCUGCGGGAGCAUCGGGACCGCCUGGGGCCAGAGCAAGUGCCACAAAUGCCCCCAGCUGCAGUACACAGGGGUGCAGAAACCGGGUCCUGUGCGUGGGGAGGUGGGCGCUGACUGCCCCCAGGGCUACAAGAGACUCAACAGCACCCACUGUCAGGACAUCAACGAAUGCACAAUGCCUGGUAUGUGUCGCCAUGGGGACUGCCUCAACAACCCUGGCUCCUAUCGCUGUGUCUGCCCUCCUGGCCAUAGCUUGGGCCCCUCACGCACGCAGUGCAUUGUGGACAAGCCGGAGGAGAAGAGCCUGUGUUUCCGCCUGGUGAGCCCUGAGCACCAGUGCCAGCACCCGCUGACCACACGCCUCACCCGCCAGCUCUGCUGCUGCAGCGUCGGCAAGGCCUGGGGCACGCGGUGCCAGCGCUGCCCGGCUGAUGGCACUGCUGCCUUCAAGGAGAUCUGCCCUGCUGGGAAGGGGUACCACAUCCUCACCUCUCACCAGACGCUCACCAUUCAGGGUGAAAGUGAUUUUUCCCUCUUCCUGCACCCCGAUGGGCCGCCCAAGCCCCAGCAGCUGCCUGAGAGCCCCAGCCGGGCACCACCCCCCGAGGACACUGAGGAAGAAAGAGGGGUGACUACGGAUUCACCAGUGAUUGAGGAGCGGUCAGCACAGCAGAGCCACCCGACCGCCACCACAGCUCCUGCCCGGCCCUACCCUGAGCUGAUCUCCCGCCCCUCUCCGCCCACCAUGCGCUUGUUCCUGCCGGAUUUGCCCACGUCGCGCAGUGCCGUGGAGAUUGCCCCCACGCAGGUCACAGAGACGGACGAGUGUCGCCUGAACCAGAACAUCUGUGGCCACGGCGAGUGCGUCCCGGGCCCCUCCGACUACUCCUGCCACUGCAACCCAGGCUACCGGUCGCACCCGCAGCACCGCUACUGCGUGGACGUGAACGAGUGCGAGGCGGAGCCGUGCGGCGCGGGGCGGGGCAUCUGCAUGAACACUGGAGGUUCCUACAACUGCCACUGCAACCGCGGCUACCGCCUGCACGUCGGCGCCGGGGGCCGCUCGUGCGUGGACCUGAACGAGUGCGCUAAGCCCCACCUGUGCGGAGAUGGCGGCUUCUGCAUCAACUUCCCCGGGCACUACAAGUGCAACUGCUUCCCCGGCUACCGGCUCAAGGCUUCCCGACCGCCUGUAUGCGAAGACAUCGACGAGUGCCGGGACCCUAGCUCCUGCCCGGAUGGCAAAUGCGAGAACAAACCCGGGAGCUUCAAGUGCAUCGCCUGUCAGCCCGGCUACCGCAGCCAGGGGGGCGGGGCCUGCCGCGACGUGAACGAGUGCGCCGAGGGCAACCCCUGCGCGCCAGGCUGGUGUGAGAACCUCCCGGGCUCCUUCCGCUGCACGUGCGCCCAAGGCUACGCGCCGGCGCCGGACGGCCGCAGCUGCCUGGAUGUGGACGAGUGUGAGGCUGGGGAUGUGUGCGACAAUGGCAUCUGCACCAACACACCAGGCUCCUUCCAGUGUCAGUGCCUCUCUGGCUACCACCUAUCAAGGGACCGGAGCCGCUGUGAAGAUAUUGAUGAGUGUGAUUUCCCUGCAACCUGCAUUGGGGGUGACUGCAUCAACACCAAUGGUUCCUACAGAUGUCUCUGCCCCCAGGGGCACCGGCUGGUGGGCGGCAGGAAGUGCCAAGACAUAGAUGAGUGCAGCCAGGACCGGGGCCUGUGCCUUCCCCACGGGGCCUGUGAGAACCUGCAGGGCUCCUAUGUGUGUGUCUGCGACGAGGGCUUCACGCCCACCCAGGACCAGCACGGCUGUGAGGAGGUAGAGCAGCCCCACCACAAGAAGGAAUGCUACCUUAACUUCGAUGACACGGUGUUCUGCGACAGCGUAUUGGCCACCAACAUCACCCAGCAGGAGUGUUGCUGCUCCCUGGGGGCCGGCUGGGGGGACCACUGCGAGAUCUACCCCUGCCCAGUCUACAGCUCAGCCGAGUUCCACAGCCUCUGCCCGGACGGGAAGGGCUACACCCAGGACAACAACAUCGUUAACUACGGCAUCCCAGCCCACCGCGACAUAGAUGAGUGCAUGUUGUUCGGGGCGGAGAUCUGCAAGGAGGGCAAGUGCGUGAACACGCAGCCCGGCUACGAGUGCUACUGCAAGCAGGGCUUCUACUACGACGGGAACCUGCUGGAGUGCGUGGACGUGGACGAGUGCCUGGAUGAAUCCAACUGCCGGAACGGAGUGUGUGAGAACACGCGCGGGGGCUACCGCUGCGCCUGCACGCCCCCGGCCGAGUACAGCCCAGCGCAGCGCCAGUGCCUGAGCCCAGAGGAGAUGGGUGAGGCCCGGCCGGCCGGNNNNCGCCCUGGCCGCUGUGUCAACCUGCCGGGCUCCUACCGCUGUGAGUGCCGCCCGCCCUGGGCGCCCGGGCCCUCCGGCCGCGACUGCCAGCUCCCCGAGAGCCCGGCGGAUCGCGCUCCGGAGCGGCGCGACGUGUGCUGGGGCCAGCGCGGGGAGGACGGCAUGUGCUCCGGUCCUCUGGCCGGGCCCGCCCUCACCUUGGACGAUUGCUGCUGCCGCCAGGGCCGCGGAUGGGGCGCUCAGUGUCGCCCGUGCCCGCCGCGCAGCGCGGGAUCCCAGUGCCCGACGUCGCAGAGCGAGAGCAAUUCCUUCUGGGACGCGAGUCCUUUGCUGCUGGGGAAGGUUCAGCGAGACGAGGACAGCUCGGAGGAGGAUUCGGACGAGUGUCGUUGCGUGAGCGGCCGCUGCGUGCCUCGGCCCGGCGGCGCCAUAUGCGAGUGUCCGGGCGGCUUCCAGCUCGACUCCUCCCGCGCCCGAUGCGUCGACAUCGACGAGUGCCGAGAGCUGAACCAGCGCGGGCUGCUGUGCAAGAGCGAGCGCUGCGUGAACACAAGCGGUUCUUUCCGCUGCGUCUGCAAAGCCGGCUUCGCCCGCAGCCGCCAGCACGGGGCUUGCGUGCCCCAGCGCCGCCGCUGACACAACCCUCGCCGGACCUUGGCAAGCACUGAGCGGUUCCCGCCCGACACUCGGGGCGAGCUGGAACUCUCGCUCCUGCCCCUACCCUGGGCUCGGGCCCAGGACCCUCUGGGGCCCGCAGACCCGUUAGAGAGCUCCAUGACCAGAGGGCGCCCCCGAAAUGGCUACUGGCCCAGUCUGGAUCACGGGCUGAUGUGGGGUACCCUGGGGCGCGGUCGUCCUUCCUUCCUUCCAGGAAGCGGUCCCUAGAAACUGA